ACUCCUGUUCGUGUCACACGAGCGGUGACCAUUAACCAACAACAAUUAUCUGUACAUAAGUAGUUCGGCUCACCAUGAAAGAAGAAGACUAGCUUUGUCCACGCCGCUGAGCCUUUACCACAACAAAAUCUGUUCGAAGUUCAUUUAAUCUUUUCUGCUAUUAUCUAACAAACAAUCAGUACAGAUUCUGUAUUUUCAAUGGCGAUUAUGGCAUUGUCUUGCACAGCAACACUUGUGCCUGUUAAUAGGAUUGCAAAUCGGGUACACAAGUUGUUUCCGACCGCUCCAAAGAGUAGCAUCCGUUGUCAAUUGUUUUCAAAUAGAGGAUUCCGACUUGUUGGUUGUAGUGCAAUUGGUGGCAAUCAAGGUGUUGCUGAGAUUUCUCAAUCGGAGACGCGACCUCGAAUUUAUACAUGGCCUGAUAACAAGAAGCCAAGGGUGUGUAUUUUAGGUGGUGGAUUUGGAGGCUUGUAUACUGCUUUAAGACUAGAAUCACUUGUAUGGGCUGACGACAAGAAACCACAGGUUCUUCUUGUUGACCAGUCUGCACAUUUUGUUUUUAAACCAAUGCUUUAUGAGCUUCUAUCUGGAGAAGUGGAUGCAUGGGAAAUUGCUCCUCGAUUCUCAGAUUUGCUUGCAAACACUGGUGUGCUAUUUUUGCAAGACAAAGUGAAGCUUCUUCAGCCUUCUGAUCAUUUGGGCAAGAAUGGGUCAUCAGGAUCUAGUUGUGGGGGAACUGUUUUGCUAGCAAGUGGCCUUCUAAUUGAGUAUGACUGGUUGGUUCUUGCUUUGGGUGCUGAAGCUAGACUUGAUGUUGUACCUGGAGCAGCAAAGUGUGCAUUUCCAUUCUCUACCCUGGAGGAUGCAUGUAGGGUUAAUCACAAACUAAAUGCACUAGAGAGAAGGAACUUUGGUAAGGACUCUCUGAUCCGUGUGGCUGUUGUUGGAUGUGGUUACUCUGGAGUUGAGUUAGCUGCAACUAUAUCAGAAAGAUUGAAGGAAAGAGGUGUGAUCCAAGCAAUUAACAUAGACACCAACAUUUGCCCAGCUGCGCCUCCUGGCAAUAGGGAAGCUGCGCUUAGGGUUCUUUCGUCCAGGAAAGUCCAACUUCUUUUGGGUUAUUUUGUUCGCUGUAUCCAGAUAGCAAAUGACUUGGAAACUUCAGCAAUGUCAGCAGAAGUUGAUGCGUCUGAGAACAUUGCAUCAGAGCAUAGUUCUGAGAAAUAUUUUUUGGAACUGCAACCUGCUGAAAGGGGAUUACAAAGUCAAAUUCUUGAAGCAGAUCUGGUGUUAUGGACUGUCGGAUCUAAACCACUGCUUUCUCAACUCGAAUCUGAUUAUCAGUCCCGUGAGCUUCCCUUAAAUGCUCGAGGACAAGCAGAGACAGAUGAAACACUGCGUGUUAAGGGCCAUCCACGGAUAUUUGCUCUUGGCGAUUCUUCUGCUCUUAGGGACUCAAGCGGAAGACUUCUUCCAGCAACUGCUCAGGUUGCCUUUCAGCAGGCAGAUUUUGCUGGUUGGAAUCUUUGGGCUGCAAUUAAUGAUCGUCCCUUGUUGCCAUUUAGGUUUCAAAAUCUAGGUGAAAUGAUGACUUUGGGGAGAAAUGAUGCUGCUCUAUCCCCAAGUUUCAUUGAGGGGCUAACAUUAGAGGGUCCCAUUGGUCAUGCUGCAAGGAAAUUGGCCUACUUGAUACGAUUACCAACUGAUGAGCACCGGCUUAAAGUGGGGAUCAGCUGGCUUACAAAGUCUGCUAUAGAUUCAGUUGCAUCAAUGCAAAGCACCCUUGCUAAAGUUCUUUCUGGCCCAUAGGUGCUCUUUCAGUACAUGAAGCAAGGUUGACUAGUCCUGGUUGUACAUGUUUGAUUUUCAUAAGCCUUUACUCAAAUCUUACAAGUUGCACAACUUCCCCGAUUAAGGUUUGUAUUUCACAUUCUCUAUAGCAGUUUUAAGGCUGCGCAUACUAGAGUUUGUUCUUGAGAGACUAUAGGCACUCAUUUUAUAGUCAGUCCAACAUAACUUGUCCUGUGCCAAUCCCAGAUCUGUUGGGGAUAAUUUUUCAGCCAUCUUCUAUAACCUUGGCAAAAAGAUACUGAAAAGUAACUUGUUACAGUAGUAACAACGGCAAACUGAUCAUAGUGCACAAAGCUCUAUGCUCUAUUGGGCUUCUGUUUAUUGUA